AUGGCUAGUCGUGAUUUCAGUAGAAGUGUACGGCCUACUGACCCGGACUUUGGUGAUCGGAUUCAAAGGUUGAUGGCUAAUGCAGACAGUGAUAACGAUAGUGAUUUCAGCGUGAUCGACGAUUCAGAUGCCGAUCCGGACUUUGUCAUCUCAGACCACGAGGACCAAGUCAUACCAGGAACACCUAGUUCUUCAGAAAGUGAAGAAGAUGAUAUUGUGAAUCUACAUAAUAAUGUGGACAACAUAAUAAAUGCAGUUGCUGAAGGAAUUGAUCAUCUUCCUGAGUACUUUUUGGAGCGAAUGAAAAAAAAUGAAACCGGGCCUCCAAAUGCAUGGAAAAGUGACCCACCUCCAAGAAAUGUACGAACUCCAGCCAGAAAUAUUAUUUUGACUAGACUACCAGCAAUGAGACCAACUGCAAGAUCUUUAGGCAACAAUCCUGAAAAGAAAGAAGUCUGGAAACUAUUUUUUGAUGACGAUAUCAUUUCGAAAAUAGUUACACAUACUAACAUCAAGUUGGCAAGUGUUCGGUUGAAUCUUUCAGCAAAUACUAAUCAAAGCAACUACCGAGACACUGACAUGGAAGAAAUUCAAGCUCUCAUUGGCUUGUUAGUACUGGCAUCGGUUCUUAGAUCAAAUGAUGAGAAAAUGAAAUCCCUUUUCACUAAAGAUGAAUGCAGUCGCCCAAUAUUUCGUGCGACGAUGUCUGAAAAGCACUAUGAGAUACUCAUGGGAUCGUUGCGAUUUGAUGAUGCACAAACACGUGCCCAAAGAAGGAAUGAUGAUAAAGCUGCUGCUAUUUCCGAAAUAUUUUACAAAAUCAUUUCAAAUAGCCAGGCAGCUUACAGCCCAUCUGAGUUUGUAACAGUAGAUGAGAUGUUGGUUCCCUUCCGAGGGCGUUGUGCAUUCCGAGUCUACAUGCCUAAAAAACCUAAAAAAUAUAGCAUAAAGGUGAUGUGUCUGACAGACGCCAAGACGUCAUAUCUAGUGAAUGCCUACAUCUAUACUGGUAAAAACAGCGAUGGCGAAGGAUUGAGUGAAAAGGAACAAGAGAUGCCGGUAGCUGUUCAAUCUCUUACAAGAUUAUGUAAAGUUAUUGAAGGCAGAAAACGCAAUGUUACCGCCGAUAAUUGGUUUACCUCGUUGGAUGGUGUGAAGCAACUUGGAAAAAUGAAACUGACAUACGUGGGCACUGUCAGAAAGGACAAAAGAACUAUCCCUGAAGAGUUUCAAGCCUGUCGAAGACGGCCUGUUGCCUCUACACUGCAUGGCUUUCGAGGAGAAAUGACACUCUUAUCUUUUGUGCCAAAACAGAACAGAUCAGUUUGUCUCAUAUCUACGUUUCACCAUUCCAUUGAAACAAAUCAGAACAAGAAGAAACCUGAGGUGAUUAGUUUCUACAAUGAAACAAAGUCAGGGGUAGAUGUACUGGACAUGAAGUGUGCAGUGUUUACUUCCAGCCGAAAAACUAGAAGAUGGCCGCUUGCAAUGUUUUAUCGCCUAGUGAACAUUGCCAAUGUCAACAGUUUCAUUGUGUAUAUGAGCUACUCCGGCACUCAGAUGACAACCAGAUUUGAGUUCACAAAGCGUUUAGCCCAUGAGCUGAUUGUUCCGCAUCUUCAGAAGAGGCUUGAAGGUGUGGUAAAUCUUCCACGGGACUUGACUGUUGACAUCAAGAAGAUCCUCGGUGAUAAUCCAGAUCCUCUACCAGCUGCAGGUGCUCUUACCGACCGAUUGGAGAAGCGGAAAACCUGUGGGAAAUGUCCGCCAAGCAGUGACAGGAAGACACAACACAAGUGCUUCAGAUGCAAUGUGCCAAUCUGCGGUAGCUGUCAAAUCCGGUCCUGCUUUGAAUGUGCCGCUUUGUGA